UGACACUGUUUCAACAACUAUUGAAUGGGCCUUUGCAGAACUUGCUAAUAAUCCAGAGAUCAUGAAGAAAGUUCAAGAAGAGGUAAGAAGAAUUGUGGGUGGAAAAUCCAUGAUAGAAGAAAAUGACUUAAAUGAAAUGAAGUACAUGAAGUGUGUGAUCAAAGAAACUCUUAGAUUACAUCCACCAGGUCCACUUUUGAUUCCAAGAGAAACAGCAAAUAGUGUGGAAAUAAAAGGAUACCACAUUCCCAAAAAAGUAACCGUGUAUAUAAAUUCAUAUGCUAUUCAUAGGGAUCCUAAAUUAUGGGACAAUGCUGAAGAGUUUAUUCCUGAAAGAUUUGAAGAUAGCCAACAAGUUGAUUAUAAGGGAAUAGAUUUUCAAUUUAUCCCAUUUGGUAUUGGGAGAAGGGCUUGUCCUGGAAUGUCAUUUGGAGCUGCUUCUCUUGAGUAUAUGAUGGCUAAUCUUCUCUAUUGGUUUGACUGGAAGGUUAUUCCUAAUAAUGGUGCAAUGAUAGAUAUGAGUGAGUUGAAUGGGUUGACCGUUAUCAAGAAACAACCACUUUAUUUGGAGCCAAUGCCUUAUUCAAUUUGUUAAGCCCCCUAAUUAAGGGUGGAAGGAAUUCAAGUGUGUUAUUGACAAUGUCGAAAAUUCUUUUGGUAAUAUGUUUUUGACUAUUUUUCUGUUAUGUACUUAUGUGUUACUACUAUUUUAUUUGCUUUUUGUUUUGUAUGUUUCUAUUUGUAAGCACUUUGUGUUGUGAAUCUUAUGAAACUACUCUUCUACCUUA